UAUAGUCGACGACUCCACGAAAAGUGUGCAUGGUGUGAAAUGCGGUGUUUAUGUCGCUCAAAUUGUUGUUCCAUGUGUGCGUGAAGUGAUUCCAAGUCGUCUCAUUCAGCCACCUAAAUGUAGUGAAACAAGUAGUAUUUAUGAAAAAUGUGAACGAUAAACUUCCAGAAGCAAGUGAGCGAAUUCGGUGGCUUCUAUUAUGGCAGCUUCUAGAGAGCGCCGUGCCAAUGCCGGCAACAAGCUGGCCCAGCUGCUUAAUGAUGAAGAAGAGGACGACUUCUAUAAGACCACCUAUGGAGGCUUCAAUGAUGAAGAAGACGACAAGGAAUAUGAAACCGAGAAUGAUGAAAGUGAUGUGGUAGACUCCGAUUUCGAUAUUGAUGAACGAGAUGAGCCAAUAUCUGAUCAGGAUGAUGAUGAAGAAGGCGGCAAACGUAAGAGGCGAGUGGUCACCAAGGCGUACGUGGAGCCUCUCCCAGAAAAAAAGCGAAAACGGUCUGUGGAAAAAAAGCAGAAAGCGGAGAAACCAGCAAAACGACGUCGCAUACAAAGCUCCAUUGACAAAGAAGACAGCUCAGCGUUCAGUGCUGUUCUACCUGGUGAGCGUAAGUCGGUAAGGAGGUCCACCCAAGCAAAGAGCCAAGAAACAGAGCGGAGGCGGCAGGCUCAUGAGGAGAAACGCAGGCAGCGGCAUACCCGAAAGUCUGGUGCAGAGCACUCUUGGCAUCCGACUCAAGAGGAGCUGCUAGAGGAAGCCAAGCUGACAGAGCAGGAGAACCUGCGCUCUUUAGAGUCUUAUCAAAGGCUCGAGCUGGAGAAGAAAAAAGCAAAGAUUGUCAAGAACACAAAUCGAGGACCCAUGAUACGUUACCACUCCAUCUCUAUGCCACUAAUCGAAGAAGUGGAAACGGAAGGUCUUGUUGCCUCUACAGCUCGGUGUUCCCGCAAUUUCAUCACAUUCCCUGAUGAAGCCACCCUAAAAGAACAUUUUCCAGGAGGCCGGCCGAAGGCAGCAAACCGCAGCGUGUGUCCCAUCACGCGUCUGCCAGCACGCUAUUUCGACCCAGUCACGCUGAUCCCUUAUGCCAACCUGCAGGCCUUCCGAGUGCUUCGGGAGGCAUACUAUGCACAGCUAGAGCAAAAAGGGGAUGUUCGCCAGCCAGAAGUGGCAGCCUGGGUUGAAUGGCGCAAACGUAAUCGGGCCCAAAGAGCAGCACUUGCCAAUGCAAAUAAAGCUGCGGCGGCUGCCGCUGCUGCAGCUGCUGCAACAUGAAAAUAUGGUUUGCACGAGUUCUUUUGUAAAAGCGUGGAAUUGAGGCAGCAUAGAGGGUAAAGCGAAAAAUUGGAGGGGGGCGGCCUUUUGUGCCCUCCACUAGCUUAGCCCCUGCUCGUAGAGCAGUUUCUGCCAGUACGUUAUCCUUGGAAAAGUCGGUAAAACGUACUAACGGCUAUGUUCACCAAAAACAUUUUUUGUGCUGCUUCGGCUACAUUUAUUUCUAAUACAUUGGGCCUUUUAAUUGUUUCGCCAAUCCUA